AUGAAGAAGUUCGCGUUACAAAAGACUAGUCCUGAUUGUGGUACCACCAACAUCAGUAAACGGUUUUUGGUACCAUGUACUACGGCUUGUGCUAUCGCUUAUGUAUAUAACGCCAGUGAUGAUACUGUAGUUUCUGGAUGUGCUGCCGAGGAUGUUUUGUCUGUAGGUUAUUAUAUUGAUACUGUAUUAAAAUAGGGUAUGGUAAGUUUGAAUACUGAAGGGUAGAGUAAGGUAGAGUAGAUUAAGAUAAGGUAGGGUUGGGCAGGGCGGAGCCGGGUAGGGUAGGGCGGGGUAAAGUAGAGUAGGGUAGAACAGAGUAAUUUGAGGUAUAUUACAGCAAAGUAAGCUAGGUUAAAAAACCUGUUUACCAACAAAAAAGCCGAAGAAACUUUCUUUCCAGGGCGGGAUAAUCAAUGAAGUUGCGGCCAAAAAGUUUUACAUAAUGGAAAUAUGUUCGAUCGAUCGGUGUAACGACCAUAUUCGUAAGACCUUUCAGUAUUACUAUUACCUCAGUUUAGGAAACUCGAGUUCCUUCUCUUCUACUAACAUCACAGUACUCCUACUAACUACAGUAUUGUGCCUAAAUACUUUUUUCAAGUUCUAUUGA